AUGUUUCCGCUGGUUAAACACGAUUUUAUUAUAAUAAACAAUAUUAAAGGUGUAGCGAUUGGAGAAAUGGCACUGUGGCGAGAAGCGUGGCACCGAGCAGCUCGGAAACAACUCAUCUGGCUUCAUCUGGCACGGACUCAGACCGGAUCAGCACAAGCAGUAACGCUGCGAAAACGCUGCGAACUGUUUGAAGACGAAGAAAAGGAAGCACGGCGAUCGCUUAUUUAG